AUGGCAAGCAAUAAAAGAAAAAUACAAAUUUUGGAAAAUAGAGUAAUUCGCCCUGCAGUUAUUGACAGUGAUAGUGACAGCAGGGAAGAAAUAUUUUCCACUAAGAAAACUAAAAAGGAUUUGGAAACAAAUGUGCACGGAAAACAAAGCACAAGCGAAUGUAAAAAUAAACCUACACCACAGACAUCAAAAGGAUUGUCUUCGCCUAGCUCAUCGUCAUUGGAACGAUUUAGUAUGUAUAGCUCAAGAGGAUGCAGUCCUUCGCUAAACAAUAUAUCAGCUUCUAAGCUUAUGCACGGCAUCAAAAUAGAUGAAAGCGAAUAUCAUGACUUGAUAAAUCUAAGAAACGAUAAUAAAAAGAUAAAAAAGAAAAAUGAAAUAGAAAGGAAAGAUCCAAAGACAAAACUUACAUUCACUUAUUCUUUUGAAGACAGUAUGUCGCAAGGGUUAACUGAAAGUAAUGAAAAUUGUGUUUUUUAUGACGAAGAACGUAAUAAACAGUUUGAAGAAAAUGAAAGACAGAAAGAAACACUUAAUGACGAAGCAGAGAGAGAGAAAGAAACAGAAAAUGUUGAUGUAGAAGAUGUAGAAGAGAGAGAGGAAGAAACAGGAAAUGCUGAAGAGGAAGAUGAAGAUGCAGAGAGAGAGGAAGAAACGGAAAAUACUGAGGAGGAAGAUGAAGAGCAGGAAAGUGGUGACACAGGCGAUGAUGAGAGUGAUGAAUAUUCUGCAAGUGAAGUUGUAUCGGAUAUAGAUAAUGAUGUUUCAGAGGAAGAGGAAGAUGCACAGGAUAAUAGUGUCAAUGAAUGGGAUGCUGUCGCAGAUUUGACACAUGAGUUGGAUGCGUGUACUUUAAAUGAAAGCACUUUUAAUAUUCAUAUAGAAGAUAUAUCUUCUGCAGGGCUGGAGAACAAACGUCGUGUAGUAAUUGCAGACAAUUUCUACUCUUCAAUUGAAUUGGCGGAAGAACUCUUAUUUCAAAAAAACCCGUUAUUGCGGUACCCUAAAUUCGAAGCGAAGGGGGCUACCUAA